AUGGAUUUUGUGAAGAAGUGUAAGAGGGUAUUGGGAAGCAACAAGAGAUUGUAUGAUUCAGAAGAAAGUAGUGGUGGAAGUGGAAGAAGCUAUGGAAAAUUAUCAGAGAACAAGUGUCACAAAAAACAAAAGGAUAUUAAUAGUAAGAAAUUAGCACCAAAUGGUUGUAUUUGUGUCUAUGUUGGAUCUGAGAGACAGAGAUUUGUAAUAAAGAUCAAAAUAUUCAAUCAUCCUUUGUUCAAAACAUUUUUAGAAGAUGUUGAGAAUGAAUAUGGUUAUACAAAUGAUGGUCCUUUAUGGCUUCCUUGUCAUGUUGACUUAUUUUGUGAAGCACUUUUGGAGAUAGAGAGUGAUGAUAUGGGUCACAAACACAGCCCAGUUUCUCAUUCUUCAUUUUCUUGUCGCUCUUCUUAUAAUCUGACUUGUGAUGUCAAUUACGAGGUUUUGGUUUUGGAGCAAUUAUCAUUGAUCUCUGCCAUUGUUAUAGCUUACAUUGAUCAAUUUCACAAACAGUUUUCUGUUUUCUUUUCUCUGCAAGAUCUUCAAAGAUCUUGA